AUGCCCCGAGAUCAGCGUAGUGUUCGAGAUCAAUUCAAUAAGAUAAUGGGAAACUACAAAAAAAAGAAGUCCAUGGAAGAAAAAGCUUCAGGUAUUACCCCAGACCCACCAACUGAAAACGAAGAAAUAUUAGAAGAGAUUAUCGAGAUGCUGGAGUCAACUCCAAUUAAGAAUCCAGCUGUUGACUCCCGAAAUGAAGAAAAAAAGAGAAAGGAAGCACUUGCUACCAGAGAAAUUGCAAUGACAACUUGGAAGAAGGCAGCAAAGCAUGGUGAGGAUGAGCAAGUUGAAGAUGAAGAAGACAGUGGUGAUGAAAAUCUGGGAGAGAAGCCUAAACCUGCAAGGAAAAGAAAAAGAAGUUGUACAGACCCCAUUCAAUAUUUAGUUCAGAAAACAACAAAUGAAAAUGAGCUGAGGAAAGAAGAGUUAGAAAUCAGAAGACAAGAACUACAACUUAAAGCUGAACAACAGAAGCAGCAAUUUCAGUUGCAACAACUACAGUUACAGCAAAUGAUGGAAACACAAAAAAAUACACAAAAUUUAUUUGUUACUGUCAUUGAGAAACUAUCAAAGUGA